AUGAAGGACCAAACAACUAAACGCUGUAUGAAGGACCAUACAACUAAACGCUGUAUGAAGGACCAAACAACUAAACGCUGUAUAAAGGACCAUACAACUAAACGCUGUAUAAAGGACCAUACAACUAAACGCUGUAUAAAGGACCAUACAACUAAACGCUGUAUGAAGGACCAAACAACUAAACGCUGUAUGAAGGACCAUACAACUAAACGCUGUAUGAAGGACCAAACAACUAAACGCUGUAUGAAGGACCGUACAACUAAACGCUGUAUAAAGGAUCAUACAACUAAACGCUGUAUGAAGGACCAUACAACUAAACGCUGUAUGAAGGACCAAACAACUAAACGCUGUAUAAAGGACCAUACAACUAAACGCUGUAUGAAGGACCAAACAACUAAACGCUGUAUGAAGGACCAUACAACUAAACGCUGUAUGAAGGACCAAACAACUAAACGCUGUAUGAAGGACCGUACAACUAAACGCUGUAUAAAGGACCAUACAACUAAACGCUGUAUGAAGGACCAUACAACUAAACGCUGUAUGAAGGACCAAACAACUAAACGCUGUAUAAAGGACCAUACAACUAAACGCUGUAUGAAGGACCAUACAACUAAACGCUGUAUGAAGGACCAAACAACUAAACGCUGUAUGAAGGACCAUACAACUAAACGCUGUAUGAAGGACCAAACAACUAAACGCUGUAUGAAGGACCAUACAACUAAACGCUGUAUGAAGGACCAAACAACUAAACGCUGUAUGAAGGACCAUACAACUAAACGCUGUAUGAAGGACCAUACAACUAAACGCUGUAUGAAGGACCAAACAACUAAACGCUGUAUAAAGGACCAUACAACUAAACGCUGUAUAAAGGACCAUACAACUAAACGCUGUAUGAAGGACCAUACAACUAAACGCUGUAUGAAGGACCAAACAACUAAACGCUGUAUGAAGGACCGUACAACUAAACGCUGUAUAAAGGACCAUACAACUAAACGCUGUAUGAAGGACCAUACAACUAAACGCUGUAUGAAGGACCAAACAACUAAACGCUGUAUAAAGGACCAUACAACUAAACGCUGUAUGAAGGACCAUACAACUAAACGCUGUAUGAAGGACCAAACAACUUCACGAUGUAUGAAGGACCAUACAACUUCACUAUCUAUGAAGGACCGUACAACUUCACGAUGUAUGAAGGACCGUACAACUUCACGAUGA